AUGCCACCAUUGUACUCUCACAACCUGGAACCCGGCCGCGACUCGCUAGAACUUGCAUCUCUAGCCAGCUCAGACCGCGGGCCCGACACCGGCGACGACACCAGUUCCCGUCCGAGCAUAUCUUCGUCGCGAAAGCUCUCCCUCGAGCGGGAGGACCCCCUGGACAAUGGCAACUACGCUGCCUCGGGCCACCGUGUGCGCCCAGAACGAUCCAUGUCCGUGAACUCUACAUUCAGUUUCGCCGCCAACCUCUUUCCUCUAUCUUCGACGACCGGAGGCGGAUAUGCCCCGCUGGGCGCACCCACAGCAACAAGGGGCCAUGGCAAUGGCGGCUUGGGAGGAGGCUCGUUGGAGAAGCACAAGACUCUGACCUACCUCAAUGGUCUGUCCCUGAUUGUUGGCUUGAUCAUCGGAUCCGGCAUCUUUUCCUCGCCUAGUCAGGUCAACGCCAACGCAGGGUCUCCGGGAGCGGCCAUCAUCGUGUGGUGUGUGGCGGGAAUUCUGGCUUGGACGGGCGCCGCAAGUUACGCAGAGCUGGGAGGCGCCAUACCAUUAAACGGAGGCCCGCAGGUAUACCUCUCCAAGAUCUUUGGGGAAUUGGCCGGGUUCCUGUUCACAUGGGUUGCGGUGCUGGUGCUGAAGCCUGGAAGUGCUGCCAUCAUUUCCAUCAUCAUGGGCGAGUACCUGGUGAGGACCUUCAUUGGCGCCGAAGCCGAGACCAUCAACCCCUGGAUCAGCAAGUCGGUCGCGCUGGUCGGACUCUUUCUGGUCACCUUUCUGAACUCGGUCUCGACCAAGCUCGGAACAAGGAUGAACGAUAUGCUCAUGUUUCUCAAAUUUGUUGCAUUGCUUGGCGUUACCAUUAUCGGCAUUGUUGUUGCGGCGACUGGAUUCUCAUUUUCCGGGGCGGCAAAUCUCGACUGGAAGAAGCAUGACUGGUUUGAGGGGACCAAGAUGGAUGCGUCGGCUUUCGCGGUGGCCCUGUAUGCCGGUCUUUGGGCAUUUGAUGGAUGGGAUAACACCAAUUAUGUGGUUGGCGAAUUCCGCAACCCCGGCCGGGACCUCCCACGGGUCAUUCACACGGCCAUGCCCCUCGUCAUUCUGAGCUACAUCCUAGCCAAUGUGGCUUACUUCUUCGUCCUUCCCCUGGACACCAUUAACUCGACCAACACUGUAGCUGUCAUUUUCGGUUCCAAGGUCUUCGGCCCCGUUGGCGCGCUAAUCCUCGCUCUUAUCGUCAGCGCCUCCUGCUUCGGCGCUCUCAACGCCUCCACCUUCACCAGCAGCCGUCUCGUUUACGUCGCCGGCAAGGAAGGCUAUAUCCCCGAACUCUUUGGGCGCAUCGGUAGUGGAACCGCUGUUGACCAACAUGAAUCUCUAACCACCAUGCGCACUCGCUCUUGGUUCACCAAGAAACUCAUCCGCAUCGUCGCCGACGAGGACACCGGUCUCUUCUACACGCCCAUCCCUGCACUCAUGCUCAACUGCGUCCUCACGGCCGCUUACGUGUGCGUCGGCGAGUUUGGCACGCUCGUCACCUUUUACGGUGUCGCUGGCUAUACGUUUUAUUUUGUGACAGUGCUGGGCUUGAUCGUGCUGCGGGUUAAGGAACCUAAUCUCGAAAGGCCGUACAAGACGUGGAUCACCACGCCUAUCAUCUUCUGCUGUGUGAGUCUGUUCCUGCUGAGCAGGGCCGUCUUUGCCCAACCACUGCAGACUUUGUUGGUUGUGGCUUUUGUGGUGGUGGGUGUGCCGGUAUAUUACUGGAGGAGUUACGUGAACAGACGGAGCGCCGUUAAGAGAGAGGUGGGAGGGAUGAGGGAGGUGAGGGAAGGAACAAAGCCGUGGUGGAAGUUUUGGCAGAGGAGGCAAUGA